CGGAAGUGACGGUUUUCACAUUCUAACGGGUUUGACGAUUCGACAGAACACCUAAUAAAUUUCAGAACACCGGAAGUGACGCGGUUCCGGUACUCUUAUGGGUCCGGUUAAAUUGUAGAACCCCGGAUACACAGCGCAGCUCCCCAAAAUGUUCUGUUUCCUGCUGAUCAUUCCCCUGGGUGCCGCAUUAUCUGAAGCUGGCGACGGCGAAUGGGUAAACCUGCCCAGCAAAUGUGAAGUGUGUAAAUUUGUUGCUUUGGAAUUGAAAUCUUCUUUUGACGAAACCUCUCGCACUGGAGAAGUGAUCGAUACUCGUUAUGACUUUUUGGAUGAGGACAAAAAGAAAAAGAAGAUAAAGUACACAAAAUCAUACAUACGUCUGAUAGAGGUCACUGAGAGCAUCUGUCCCAGACUUCUGGAGUACAAUCUGCAUAAGGAGCGCUCUGGAAGCAACCGGUUUGCUAAGGGUAUGUCUGAGACCUUCCAGACUCUUCAUCACUUGGUCCAUAAAGGUGUGAAAGUUGUCAUGGACAUCCCAUAUGAGCUCUGGAACGAGACCUCCGCUGAGGUGGCUGACAUGAAAAAACAGUGUGACGUGUUGGUGGAAGAGUACGAGGAUGUGAUCGAGGAUUGGUACCACAACCACCAGGAGGAGGACCUGACUGAUUUCCUGUGCGCACGGCACGUGCUUAAAGGGCAAGACCAGAGUUGCCUUUCUGAACAGUGGGAUAAGAAGGGAGACACCGCUCCAUCACAAGGAAAUAAAAAACAGAAGAAGGAAGGAGAGAAGAAGAGGAACAGAAGCAAAAAAGAAACCUUGGUGACUGACAAAGAGAAUAGCCAUAAAGAUAAUGACAAAAGACACCAAGGCACAACUGACACACAGACCGAUAAAGCCAGAGAGGAGCUCUAGCAAUGCUCUAACUCACAUGAGUGCUUCUCCUCCCUUUUUAUUUCCCAUGUGUCUCGCUAUGGUGUCCUAGCCACAAUGAUUCUGUCACUAUCGGUCAGCUGCUCCAGUAACUCGAGAGAUAAUGACGUCCUGGCAGGUCUGCUCUCCUUGGACCAUGUUUAUACACCAUUAUUAUCUCUUGGUUAUGUUGGCCAAACAUUUUGCAGAUCCCUGUUACUUUGGCAUCUUGUGCUGCCGCAGCCAUCAUCAUACUGGAACUUUGCACACCUUUGUUUUAUUUUCAUAGAACCAGCACUGUGUGUCUGGGAUUUUGCUCUCUAGGAUCAUCCUAUGUGUCUGGGUGAUUGAUCUAUAGGGUCCUCAUGUGUCUGUCUGGGUUAUUUGUCUUUAUGAUCUCCCACUGAAGUAUGUUAGACGAGUGUUUCUUAACCAUAAUCCUUAGGUAAGGUAUUAAGGAUACCAGUGUUCUGAGCACGGUCAGUCAGUGAUUGAGCCACUUAUUAACUUACCUGCUUUGUGCUCAGACUCGGAUAUCCCUAAACUCCUGUGGUUGUUGGGCACUGAGAUCCAGAGCUCAGAGACUGUGGGUAAAGUAUUUUUUGUGGAUUUUACUGUUGCGCUAUUUUUAUACUCCUAUAAUGAGCAGGGCUUGGAGAAGAGGACUGAACAUUUCAUAAUAGUUUCUCUAUGUAACAUUUUGCCUAUGCUGGCCUCGUCAUCAGCUUUUUAGCCCUUAUGUGUGUGUCGCCGCCUCCCCACUGAUAAAUAUAUUUAUCCUUCCCUGCUACCUGCUUUUCUCUUAUACUUUGAUCCCUCUAUAAUACUUUUGAUGCCUUCCUUGUCUGACUCGCUUAGCUGUAUCUCACCCUACACUGCUGCUCAUUGGUGUGGCUUGUGUGCAGCACUUCAUGUUUUUGCCAUGGGAUCCUAUCUGUGUCAUUUGUAUAUUUGUCCUAGCUUGCCUGCUCAUGCUCUAUUUUGUAAUGAAGGAUAAAUAAAAUUAUUUAAAUGAAA